UUCCUCGGCUGGGCAGCGUUUUUAUUCACUCGUCCCCUCUUCUCCCCGUGUAGCGUACGUCUCUCUGUGUUGUGUAUAUUCUUCGCCAUUAUAUCGGGGGAUUGACUAUUUUGUUGUACAUAUAACGUCUGAAAUAAACGGGGAAACUAUAUAUUUUUUAUACCUUCGACCAGAGGAACGAGUUAUAUUAUCGCUGAUCGAUAAAUUUGUUACAUCGAACGUCAUUUCGUGGAUAUAUAUUGUCACCUUGUGUACUUGGAUAUAUUUCAAAAGGACUGGUAUAUUUUUGUAUACCACCGCUGUGGAAUAACUUGUUUUUAUAUUUAUUGUCGGAUUGUUCUGUCCAUGUCUCCAAACGCAACUCCCACUACAGCCAGUACCCAGAAAGGCGCAUUUUCCUUCCCUGCAACUAAGAGUGAGAAGACAAGUCUACCCGAUUUCUGUGGCUCCGAGUUGGAUUUAUCUGCAACACCAAACCCUCAUAGGCAGUGCCACAUAAACAGCGUAGACUCGGAUCAGUGCAAUAUGGCCGCUUCCUCGUUCACAUUCGCGCUUUCAGGCAAAUCACCGCUGUGCGCCAGUGCGCUCAAAUCAUCGUCGGGCAACGGGAGCAGGACACCCGAGCUGAACACAAACAUGAGAGUGGCUAACCAAUGCUUGCUCAACCGUGCUUGCGAGCAAUUGCAGCAGUGUUCGCCCAGGAUUUUCCGAAAGCUUGGGAAAUCGGACUGUAAGCAGAACCAGAAUAACCAAGAUGUCACACCUAUGAGCUGUUCUCCCUCAUCUCCCUCCUCCACUACCUCACCUCUUGUGCUCCCGCAAGAACUCAGCCAGCGACUUGACAACCGUUCAUCUCUGCUCUCGCAAUGCACGCAGUCCCGUCUUUGCCGUCCUCGGUCUGGCUCCGUGAUUCUUGUGGACAUUCGGCCGUUCCUGGCAUUCAGCAGACGACACAUCUCAGGAGCUCUCAACGUCAACUGCGCCACUCGAUUCUCGUGCAGGAGGCUGCGUGAAGGCAAGGUAGCACUCGUCGACCUGGUCACGUCGGAGGAAGGCAAGAAGGAGUUCCAGGGGAGGUUGGAUCAAGAUAAGGAGGUUGUGGUUUAUGAUGAGGAGUCUCAAGGAAUUGAUAACUUACCCGUCAACCAUCCGACUUCUCUUGUUGUUAGUGCUCUGAAGAAGGAAGGCGUCAACGUCAGACUAUUAAAAGGUGGAAUCAAAGAAUUUGCGAACCACGGCGAAGAUCUGUUCGUCAGCGAACUCACGAACACCUCAUCUACCUCAUCAACCGUGAUCAAUGAUGGCGAAGAGCCUCCCAGCCCCACCACCGACAGCGAGCACAUCCUCCGCGGCGGCUCCGGCAUCUGCCCUUCUGAAGGCAUCCCCAUGACUCAGAUUUUGCCUCAUCUCUACGUCGGCAACGAAGUCGACGCUGCCAACAUCGACGCACUUCGGCUGCACGGCAUCAGCCACGUCCUCAACGUCACCAACUCAGUGCCUUGUUUCCACGAAGGCGAAAGUGCCAUGCGCUACAUGAGAAUACCAGUACGCGAUAACGGACUCAUCAACCUCCGGAUGCACUUCCAAGCCGCCCUCGAGUUUAUCGAGGAGGCUCGACGUCGCAAUGCCCGUGUACUCGUCCACUGCCACGCGGGUAUCUCCAGGUCUUCCACCGUGGUCAUCGCUUACGUGAUGAAGCACAUGAACCAGGCCAUGAGCCAAGCUUAUCAGUUCGUCAAGAACAAACGCCCCAUCAUCGCCCCCAACCUCGGUUUCGUCGGUCAGCUCAUGGAGUUCGAACAGAUCUUGAACAAGAUGAACGCUCCGCGUUCGGCCGGCUGUCGGCUCACCGACUCGCCUACGACAUGCGCCAAGCAGUUGCAUCACAGCAGACCAGGUACUCCAAGCCUAGACUUAGACACAGCCGUUAUGGAGGCAUAGGUUCAACUCCACACCAGACUUUCGCGUGUACAUUUUUCUGCUCUGUCUGGAAACUUUGGGAAGGCAGGCUACAGAACGCUGAUGAUGGAGACAAACAGACAUUAACAUUUUUCGACUGAUUCUUGCCGAAUAUUCUCCUUACCUACAAAGGACUAUCUCCUAGCACUCUAGCUUCUAUGACCCUGAAGUACAGUAGAAGAAUGUAGACAACAGAACUUCCAUUUUCAGUCUCUAAGAUCUUUCUAGAUACAAUUUUUUCAAUAAAAUUGAUACAUGUAACUCACAAUUUUCAGGUAAGCAAUAUCAGUAGAGUUCUUCAAUCCAAACGAAUAAUUUUUCUAAGUAGUAGCACUAUAGGGUUAAACUGUAUCGGCUUCCAUUUUCUUUUAUAAAUCACUAAACAUGCGCUGGGCGCUAUUUUGACACUUUAUAAAGAAGUACUAUUAUAAAUGUCACCGGUUAUGAUAUUUAUUCAUGACAUCAUGAUCUAGAAUCUAGAUAGUAACUGGUUUUUAAUUAUUAAUUUUUUGUAUUUGUGUAUGUGCAAUCGGUAAGAUAGACGAAGGAAUUUUAACAAAAUAAUAAUACAGAAAACGACAUUGACAAAGCGCUCGAAGAUAACUUACAUUGUUAUGUAAGAUAAAUCAUUAGGAACACCACAUUUUUGCGUGAAAGGGUAGCUUGUUUCCGUAAAUUGUCAAUUAUUAACUUAAAUGCAGAAUGAUUGAUUUAAAUCUUAAGAAAUUAAGUUCGUACUUCGAUCUUAACUUAGCAGCUCGUUAGCUAAGAUAUCAUCUUGAUUUUCAGUUAUGAUUGGUAAUUGUUCUUACUUGUUGGUGCUCACACUUUUGUGGUCUUAAGGCACAUGCUCUUGGUGUUACUUCAAUGUAAGGUCUUUAAGUUUUUUUUUAUUUUUCUUUCUUUUGUUUAUUUUUCCAUGGAGUUGUGUUGUGCCGUUUGUUUUGAAAUGCUUGUGUUUUUUUAUCAAUAUUCAUAAACACAUCACUUUUUAAGUUAAAAAACUUGAAGUGGGUCGUCAUGGCCGAUUUGUUAUUGACUAAUUUCUUAUUUUUCCUUGAUAUUUGUCGACUAAGACGAAUCAUCAUAGUGUUUGACUCGUCGUGACGUACAUUAUUUCAAAAACUCUUUUGUUCCCAUAGCAAAAACUACAACAGGUAUAAAGCGAAUGCGUUUCAAAGCUCAUAACGUUUUCCAAUUUUUAUCAACAAUUUCAGAAAAUUCAUAUUAUGAGCAUUAUACUUUAAUCACUAUUAUGGCAAUAAUAUCUGUGAUGGCAAAGUGGUAAUUAUUUACUUUUGCGUGGUUUUCCUGGUGAUAAUGCUUUUUUUUUAACUUCGUGAAAUCUUAUUAGUAUUUUCAUUUGAUUCGACAAUUCUCGGUUAUCUUUAUUUUAAUUAUUUUAAAAGUGGAUUUCCUUGAAUAUUUAAUAUGUUCUCUUCCAAAUAACAUCUUUUGAUUUGUCGUCAUUAAUUUUGUCCCCCUUUUUAUCAACCUCGGGGAAAACGUUACUCUUGCCGCUGUACAUGUAUUUCAUACUUCAAAGUCUGUAUACACGUUUUAAAAGAUGAAAUAAAAACAAAAAGACAUGAACGUA